CGCAGACUGGCGAGCGCAGCAGAACAGCGAGAGCAGGGAGGUAGCGGCAGAACGGACCUGCGGGCGCGGCAGAACCAACGCGGUGAGCCUUCUUUCCAUUACCUGCUUCUUCAUCUUCUCCUGGGUAGGACCUGUGUUCAGAUGUGAAAGGAAAGUACGCCUGCUUCUGACCUCUACCCAUUACUCGUCUCGACAUCCAAAAACUCAUCACAUCACCCAGCUCUUUCCCUGAACAAAGGUAUAAAGACCUGAGGGAAGUCUUUCCUGUCAAGAUGGAAAAUAGUACCACUACCAUUUCUCGGGAGGAGCUGGAGGAACUACAAGAAGCAUUUAAUAAAAUAGAUAUUGACAACAGUGGGUAUGUCAGUGACUAUGAACUUCAGGACCUGUUUAAGGAAGCAAGCCUUCCUCUGCCUGGCUACAAAGUCCGAGAGAUCGUGGAGAAAAUUUUAGCAGUUGCUGACAACAACAAAGAUGGCAAAAUAAGUUUUGAAGAAUUUGUGUCCCUAAUGCAAGAGUUAAAAAGCAAAGACAUCAGCAAAACAUUCCGAAAAAUAAUUAACAAGAGGGAAGGGAUUACUGCUAUUGGAGGAACUUCGUCCAUUUCCAGUGAGGGCACACAGCAUUCCUAUUCAGAGGAAGAAAAAGUGGCAUUUGUUAACUGGAUAAACAAGGCCCUGGAGGAUGACCCUGACUGUAAGCAUCUCCUACCCAUGAAUCCCAGUGAUGGCAGCCUUUUCAAAUCACUUGCAGAUGGCAUCCUUCUUUGCAAAAUGAUCAACUUAUCUGAACCAGAUACAAUUGAUGAAAGAGCCAUUAAUAAGAAAAAGCUCACCCCUUUCACUGUUUCUGAAAAUUUAAACCUAGCCCUGAAUUCUGCCUCAGCCAUUGGAUGUACAGUGGUCAAUAUUGGUGCACAGGAUCUCAAAGAAGGAAAACCUCACUUGGUCUUGGGACUUCUCUGGCAGAUCAUCAAAGUUGGUCUUUUUGCUGAUAUUGAGAUUUCCAGGAAUGAAGCUCUGAUUGCAUUGCUAAAUGAAGGUGAAGAACUAGAAGAGCUGAUGAAGCUUUCUCCAGAGGAGUUAUUGCUGCGAUGGGUGAACUACCAUUUGACCAAUGCAGGAUGGCAUACCAUCAACAACUUCAGCCAAGACAUUAAGGAUUCAAGAGCCUAUUUUCAUCUGCUUAAUCAGAUUGCACCUAAAGGUGACAGGGAUGAUGGACCUGCCAUUGCCAUUGAUCUUUCUGGAUUUAAUGAGAAAAAUGACCUGAAGCGUGCUGGAUUCAUGCUUCAAGAAGCAGAUAAACUGGGCUGCAGACAGUUUGUUACUCCUGCAGAUGUGGUUUCAGGCAAUCCUAAACUUAAUUUAGCUUUUGUAGCUAAUCUGUUUAACACAUACCCAUGCCUACACAAGCCUGAUAAUAAUGACAUCGAUAUGAAUUUAUUGGAAGAUUUGACCCCUCCUAAUGUAGGAGAGAGCAAGGAAGAAAGGACAUUUCGAAACUGGAUGAAUUCCUUGGGGGUCAACCCUUACAUUAAUCAUUUGUACAGUGAUCUUGCAGAUGCUCUAGUGAUCUUCCAGCUCUAUGAAAUGAUCCGCGUGCCAGUCAACUGGAGCCGUGUCAACAAGCCUCCGUACCCUGCCCUUGGAGGGAACAUGAAGAAGAUUGAAAACUGUAACUAUGCAGUGGAUCUUGGGAAGAAUAAGGCCAAAUUCUCCUUGGUUGGCAUUGCUGGGCAGGACCUAAAUGAAGGAAAUUCAACACUGACACUGGCAUUGGUAUGGCAGCUAAUGAGAAGGUACACAUUGAAUGUGUUAUCAGAUCUUGGAGAAGGUGAAAAAGUCAAUGAUGAGAUUAUAAUUAAAUGGGUCAAUCAGACUCUUAAAAGUGCAAACAAAAAUACUUCUAUUUCCAGCUUCAAGGACAAAUCUAUUAGCACUAGUUUACCUGUCCUAGAUUUAAUAGAUGCCAUUGCACCAAAUGCAGUUCGUCAAGAAAUGAUAAAGAGAGAAGACUUUUCUGAUGAAGACAAGCUGAACAAUGCUAAAUACGCCAUUUCAGUUGCUCGAAAGAUUGGUGCCAGGAUAUAUGCCUUACCUGACGACCUCGUGGAAGUGAAACCAAAGAUGGUCAUGACGGUGUUUGCAUGCUUAAUGGGAAAAGGACUGAACAGAAUAAAAUAAACAUUUAAUAUGAUUUUCUGCCACAUUAACACAUUGAAUGCCUCACAGUUUACAGAAUUUUGAAAUGUAGUAGGUAUAAAAGCAAAGAUUACUUGUAUGCUCAAAACAAUUGUAAAAUUCAUUAAUGAAUUCAAUAUCCUAUUCAUGCUAGUUAGAGUUUGUCGACCUUUUUGGAUAACACAAUUAAUUUACUAGUAUUUACUGAUAAUAGAAUAUAUUCAUCAUCAAGCCGAUAUUUUGCGAUUAUUUUCAUUUCCAGAAAGUCUCAUUAAAACAAGACUAAUUUAUUCUUUUUCAUGGUUCAGAAAGAUCAAUACAAAAUUUUUUUUUGCAAGUCCUGUGAAAUGUAUUUUGAUUUGUGUUAAUUUUGAUCAUAAAUACAUUAAAAGUCAUAAUUCAGUUUCA